CUGGAAAACAUGGUACAUAUAAUGACAUCGUGCUCAUCUUCGGGACAAAAAGAAGUCUGGGAACUCACCAAAUUGCUCCUAAACAAAUGCAAGAUACCAUGGCAAUCUCUGGACAUGGCCAAGAUCCUAUCAUGUGCCAUCUCAGUUUUCAAAGCCUCCAAUGGGAAGAGAGACAGCGGAAAAGAACGAUUCUACCAAUUAGUAAUCUCCUCAUCAGCUCAAGUGAUCUGGAAUGCUCAGUGCUGUUGUAAGUAG